AUGGGCACUAUGAACUGGGGGAUCUUCUGGGCGUUUAGUCUUCAAAAUGCCAUCGAUGCAGUCCCCGGUGAAUCUCCCCUUUUCGUCGAUUACCCCGGCAAGAAAACACCCUUGGCCAAAGAGUACCUCAGGGUCAUUCCAGCGACAGGGUCAGGCCCCACUGGUAAAGAUGAUCUCCUUUUCCAAAAUCUGCUGGCCGCUGAAUGGGCCAUCUAUUCCUUCUACCAGAUAGGAGUAGAAUCCUUCACCCCAUCGAACUUUACAAGGCUCGGCUGGCCAAAGUCAACCUACGACCGAAUGGUCCAAAUACGGGACAACGAAGCUGGUCACGUUCGCAUCUUCCAAGAACAAAUCUCCAAUAACUCCAUCAAGCCGGGUCCCUGCAAAUAUGAAUACGGCUUUGGCGGUAACCCCAAAAGCUGGCUCGUGCUUCAAACCUAUCUAGAGGUUGCUAGCAUGGCCUUCCUCACUGGACUUUCUAAUCAAGCCGAUCUGAACGUUUCCAAGUCCGCACUGAUGGCGAUUGGUCAAGUCGAAUCGCGCCACAACGCCUGGUCCUUGAUUGAUGUCUGGAACACAAGUCCCUUCUCCGGACCCUCGGACACAAUCUAUCCAUACGCGAACCAGAUCCUCGAUCUCACAAAUAACUUCAUUGUAUCGGACAGCUGCCCCAGUGAGAACCCGGUCUACCCCAGUCCUCGCCAGAACCUGCCCCAGAUUGAAUUCUACAGCAAUGGGACUACCGCCAGGCCCGGCUCCGACCUCCAAUUUGCCUACAAGGACCCGAAGAACGUGCCCACAUUCAAUGAUGAUAAGGAGUACUGGGCCGUUUUCUACCACGGUGUGCAGAAGGAAAGCGUGAGGUACAACCCGAAGGAAAAUCGCGUCAGGAUCCCUCCUUUUGACCUGGAUUCUGGUAUCAUCAUUGUCAACAUCGCUGAGGAGAAGGGUGCACCAACUGAGGAUAGUGUGGUUGCUGGGCCUUUGAUUAUCCUGGAACAGCCUGGGAUUUUGACCAAGGAUAUUUCCUCUGUUUAA